AUGAAUCGUCUAUUCGGCACAAAAAGUGCGGCUCCCAAGCCGACUCUAGAUGGAGCAAUUACUAAGGUCGACGACCGCAUUUCCAGCAUCGACGUCAAGCUCGCCGCGCUCAACUCCGAACUCUCAACAUACCAAGCCAAGCUCGCCAAGAUGCGAGAUGGACCGGGCAAGAACGCUCUGCGCCAGAAAGCCCUCAAGGUCCUCCAACGCCGGAAACAAUACGAGAGCCAGCGCGACCAGCUCUCGCAGCAGUCAUGGAACAUGGAGCAGGCAGGCAUGAUGCAGGAUAACCUGAAGAACGUGAUGACUACGGUGGACGCAAUGAAGACGACGACGAAAGAGCUGAAGAAGCAGUAUGGUAAGGUCGACAUCGACAAGAUCGAGCAGAUGCAGGACGAGAUGGCCGAUUUGAUGGAAGUUGGGAAUGAGAUCCAGGAGAGUAUCUCGCGGGCGUAUGAUGUGCCCGAGGAGGUUGAUGAGGCGGAUCUGGAUGCGGAAUUGGAAGCCUUAGGCGAAGAAUCGAUGUUUGAGACGGGAAUGGGAGAGGACGCUGUUCCAAGUUUCUUGCAGGAUGAGGUUGCGCCUCCGCAGUUUAUUGAUGAGCCGCCAGAGCAUCAGCAGGUGAAGGAGGCUGCUGGUGGGCUCGGUUAA